AUGUUAGUGGAUGACGAGUACCCACCUAGCGCUAUAUUUUUGGAGUAUAUCACCGGUCUGGAAAUGAUCACUCUAGAGGAUUAUACACAGCAGCGGAUGGACAAAAUUGUCAGUGGUAUCCAGCAAAUACAUAAGGCACUAGUGCGGCACAGAGAUCCCAAACCAAAGAACAUGAUGGUCGUCACAGAUACCGCCGAACGAGUGGUGUGGAUGGACUUUGAUCGAGCAGAGACCUACAAUGGACACCAGGUUACUAGUGAACAAGAGGAACUUCUCAGAGUGGAAGAAGAAAUUGUUGUUGACAUUGGCGAAUGCCUUGCCCUCGACCACGCAAAAGGGGAACUUGAAGAAGCGUAUAUUUUUUACUGCACUUAA